AGCGGAACCGGUAGCCGGGUAGCCGCCGUCAGCCUCUCGAGAGUCAGACCAGGCAAAGGAGGAGAAACCCUAGGGUUAAAUUGCCCACGCUCCCUUGGCGGCGCAGAUCCUUCUCUCUGAGACCGCAGCGCCUUGCGUUCUUGCCAUGUCGCGACCUCGAGCCGCCGCCGCCCAAUCCAGCGCCGCGUCCGCCGCCACCGUGCUCAAGCCCCCCGCGGACGCCCCCGUCCGCACGCCGAACUCGAAUCCCAUCCCGACCCCCUUCGCUUCCCACUUCCGUCCCCUCGGCCUCGGCGCUCUGCCGCCGGCGCCGUAUCCGGCACCUUUCUACUACAUGGGGCGGCCGCCACUAUUCCCGCCCGUCAUGCCGCCCGGCGCGUUCCCCGGGCCUAGCAUGUACCCGCCUCUGCCACCACCGCCGGGUGGAUUUGUUCCACACCCAGGCAUCCCCUCCCCCCAAUUCGUAAUGGUUGUGCUGUGAUGCGCCCCCCUGCAAGAAAGGCGAGCCUCAUGUUUGUUUCAGAAGAUCUAAUGAUCUUACACGACCUUUGGUGUGUUUCCACGACCUUGAUAUGUUUGGUACCCUGCAAGAAAGGCGGGCCACAUGUUUGUUUCAGAAGAUCUGAUGAUCUUACACGACCUUUGGUGUGUUUCCACGACCUUGAUGUGUUUGUUGAUCCUAGCUAUAUCGCAAAUCCUGACUUUCCACAGCCUCCAAACUUCCCUCCAAGCCUCAUAUAUCCCCCUGUUGGUCCUUUCUCACAUCAACAGUCAGUUGUUAUUCCUGAGAGUUCUGGGUCUGUGGCUAUGGACAGACCACCUAGCCUACCUGUUGCUCCAGCUAGUGAACCACAUUUUAUAGUGUAUGUCGGCAACAUUGCAUCAACAGUGGAUAAUGAUUUCUGUCUUUCUCUUCUUCAGGUCUGUGGACUUGUAAAAAGUUGGAAGCGAGUAAGCAAUCCUUGUGGUGGAACUCCUAUUAAAUUGGGCUUUUGUGAGUUUGGAUCUGGCGAAGACAGUCUUCGUGCCAAGCGGUUUCUCAACAAACUGAGUGUUGAUGGUCAAGAACUAGUGGUUAAUGUUAAUGCCGCCACGAAAGAGUACCUUGAGAAAUAUGGUGAGAAUGCUACAGAAGAGAAGGUCGAAGAAGCAGAAAUGCAAAAGAUACGUUGUAUGGUUGAAGAGAGACGGAGGACUAAACUUCCAGGUUCACCAACUUCACCAGUCCAGACCUCUGCCAGUAUUGGUGAUGCGGAUGGUGAUGGUAAUAUAAGGGGUAGUGCACUGGAGGAGAGGAAAGUCAGGAGACGAUGUGAAAAAGAGGAACAUUUAGGGGAAAUGAAAGCUCCGGGUUCACAAGGUUGGGAAGGUAGAGAAGUGACUGCAGCUGUAAAGUCUUCUCUGCAAAUUGAUGCGGCAUCAUCAAUGGAUGUGGCUAAGAAGCAUAAUACAGUUAAUGAUGAGAGGAAAAGUCAGCACAAUGCAAAAGGAGAUGGGUUUCAUAAGAGCAACGAUGAAGAAAAGGGCACUGUGUCUGUACCAGCUUUAGUCUCAGAUAAGCAGAACAACAGUGCCCCAGGAGAGAAAGUAGGUUUUGAAUUGCAGUCAACAUCCAAGUCGGUGGACAAGAAAACUUUGGAUGCGGAACAGUUGCUUGCUACUGUCCCGAAGACAAAGGAAGAACUAUUUGCCUAUGUUAUUAAUUGGGAAAUUUAUGAUAAGCAUGGAUUGCAUGCGAAAAUUAUGCCUUGGGCUUCAAAAAAGGGCUCUCAAUAUUUGGGUGAGGUGUUAGCAGCGUUUGUGGAUUAUAUUAUAUUCUCUUAGCCAUCAAAGAACAUGUUGAUGCAGCUGCAAUCUUGGAGCCACUUGCUGGUCAUUUGGAAGAUGAUACAGAAAAGUUUUUCCUCUCAUUGUGGAGGAAACUAAUAUUUGAAAUUAAGAAAGUAGAAACAGGGCUAGCAUGAAGAUGAGGCCAUGUCAGUGCCCUCUUGUUACUCAAGUUGCUGGAUGAUUUCGAAGGAACUGGUGCUGCACAACUGUUCCAGCGACUUGUGAGAUGCAACUGUCUGUUGAUGUCUCAGAAGAAAUCUGUCAAUUCGGGCACUGUGUAAUUCAUGCUCCCUGGUUAUCUUGAAUUCAUGAUGCUUUAGUGGCACAAGACUUUAAAAAAAUUGUAAGCUUUGUUUGCUGGAUGUUUUGACGCUAUGUUGAAUCUUUGUCCGUUCAGUUUAUGUAAACUAAGCAUGGUGGCAGAGUUUGUUUUGAUUAUUUAAAAAGUUGGAUCAAGCCUAUGUGUUCGUCA